GUUUAAUUCAUAUAAUUGUCAGACUGUCAUAGUGGAAGGGAGGUUCGGCUCCUGUAGAAUGGUCUGUUUCGCUUACGGUUUUCUAUUGACCUUUAAAAAUAGUAUCAAUUAAUGAAAUCGUGAGUGAGUGUGCCAUACAGUGUUCUGCGUAUCUGUGAAAAUUCUACAAAAAUAGGAUGUAUACGUAAUAUGCAGAUGUCCACCUCCUGACACAAUGUCUGCCUUUGACAAAUUAAAGCUUCUCAUUUGGAAGAACUUCCUUUUACAAAGGAGACACAAAUGGCAAACAGCUUUUGAAAUUGCAUCACCUGUGAUAUUUUCUUUAUUUCUUAUUCUAACAAGAUGCCUAGUGGAUCCAAAAUCAAAACCAGAUAUAAGUUAUCCUCCAUUUCUCCCAACAUAUUUCAACCUAACUGGAAGAAGUUUAGGCAAUCUCACAACAACUAAAUCAGGAACUCUGGCAUUCUCCCCUGAAAACCCUCUUACUAGAAAGGUAACUAAGGAUGCCAUAGCAAUGGUAGCAGAUGAUAAUUUUAGCAUACUUUUUGCUCUUCUAUUUGAUUCAAAUGUUUUACCUCAACCUAAAGGCUACAAAAAUGCUAAAGAAAUGGAAUUAGCUCUUACUCAACCUAAUGCAAUGAACCAAAUUCUUGUUGGAAUCCAAUUUGAUGACAGUAUGGCAAAUGCUACAGAAUGGCCAGAUGAUAUAACUAUAACUCUAAGAUUCCCAGCUGUGAUGAGAACUCCGAUGGUGGAGCACCCACUUAGGGCUAGUUGGCGCACGAAUUUAUUGUAUCCGUUGUUCCCGCGCCCUGGUCCUCGUGAUCCAGACGACAUGUACGGCGGAAAAACACCAGGAUAUUCACCAGAAAUGUUCUUAGCGGUUCAGCAUGCUAUAUCGCAGGAAGUCAUAAAGCAGAAGACCGGGAAGCCUAUUGGCACCAAAGUUUAUCUACAACGUCUACCUCAACUUGCAUACAGGGAAGAUCAGUUGUUAGUCGCCCUCGAAAGAUUCAUAUCAAUGAUCAUCAUGCUCUGCUUCGCUUAUUCGUUCGUCAACACUGUGAGGGUCGUAACAUUUGAGAAAGAAUUGCAGUUAAAGGAAACUAUGACAAUAAUGGGCCUUCCAUCGUGGCUACACUGGUUGGCUUGGUUCAUCAAACAGUUUUCGUUCCUGCUUAUAUCUGUUGCCCUUAUUGUCAUUCUGUUCAAGACACCUUUCAACCGGACUGAGGCUGGCGACGGUUACUCUGUCCUUACAUUUACACCAUGGAGCGUCCUAUUUUUCUUUAUGAUCUUGUUCGUUAUCGCCUCAUUAUCAUUUUCUUUUAUGAUCAGCGUCUUCUUUUCUCGAGCCAAUACAGCGGCAUCGUUUAUGGGCCUGGCAUGGUUCGCCGCAUACUCUGUUUACAUGUUAACUCAAGUACUUUACGAAGACAUUAGUCUGUCAACGAAACUGUUAUUAAGUCUGAUAUCAAACACUGCUAUGGGAUAUGCGUUCCAAAUCAUCAUCAUGUGUGAAGGAACCUCUAAAGGUCUACAAUGGGACGAGUUCUUCACUCCGAUAUCAUACCAGGAUCAACUACAACCAGGCCAUAUAGCUCUAAUGCUGAUACUUGACUCGAUACUCUACAUGUUGAUAGCAAUGUACGUGGAAAAGAUAAGGCCAGGCCUCUAUGGAGUUCCGUUACCCUGGUAUUUCCCUGUGACGAAGAGCUUCUGGAAACCGAAAAAGCAUAAAGUAGCAGAGAUAACUGGAAAGGAUUCAAGCAAUCCGGAGUACAAUGACGCUUUGUUAAAAGUCGUUCAUGACCACGAUGAGGAACCGAAAGGCGUGCCAGUGGGCGUCAACAUACAGAAUUUAACGAAAAUAUACAAGGGUCGUAAAAAAGUCGUAGACAAUUUGAACCUGAGAAUGUAUGAGAACGAGAUCACCGUAUUAUUGGGUCACAAUGGAGCCGGGAAAACGACCACUAUAUCCAUGCUUACAGGCAUGGUUCCACCGACAUCUGGGAAAGCUUAUAUCAGCGGUUACAACAUAGUGACGGAGACUGGUCUAGCGCGCAAGUCACUCGGCAUCUGUCCACAACAUAACGUACUGUUCCCAGACCUCACGGUCGCGGAACACAUCAUAUUUUAUUCAAGACUAAAAGGUGUACCGAAAAACAAAAUAAAGGACGAAGUAAAUCAUUUCGUCAAACUCCUUGAAUUAGAAGAAAAGCGAGACGUGACGUCUGAAAAGUUAUCGGGCGGCCAGAAGCGGCGUUUGUCUGUUGGGGCUGCAAUGUGCGGCAAUUCGCGAGUUGUACUGCUCGAUGAGCCCACGUCCGGCCUUGACCCCGCCGCCCGCCGCGCGCUGUGGGACCUACUGCAGAAAGAAAAGAAAGGUCGUACAAUGAUACUGACGACGCAUUUCAUGGACGAAGCCGAUGUGCUCGGUGAUCGAAUAGCAAUCAUGUCCGGGGGCCAACUACAGUGUGUAGGGACCCCUUACUUCCUCAAAAAACAUUACGGUAUCGGCUACAAAAUAACUAUUGUCAAAGGAGACAAUUGCAUAACUGAUGAUGUCACUAAGUUCUUCAAAACUUACGUGCCUGAUAUUAAAGAAAAUACGAACAUAGGUUCGGAAUUAACAUAUAUCUUGCCUAGCGACAAUGUUAGUAAAUUUCCUGAGAUGCUCAAAGAAUUUGAAGAGAAAAAAGAAUCCUUGUGCGUUUCUAGUUAUGGACUCUCUGUUACAAGCUUAGAAGAAGUUUUUAUGAAGGCAGGCGCUGAAGAUCUAGAAAGUUCGUCAGCGAAAAGUAAAAACCAUACGAGUUCUGGACCAUACAACGAAUGCGCAAUCGCACCACUGGCCAACAACAUACCGGAUAAUGAACCCAUACAAAAAGUGCGCGGAUUCAAACUUUUGAGGAAUCACAUAAAGGCAAUGUUUUUGAAACUAGCCUAUAAUACGAUGAGAAAUAAACUGACUGCCUUAAUACAGUUCGUGACGCCUAUAAUUAAUAUAUCAAUAUCAGUAGUGAUAGCCCGGUCGUGGAAAUUUUUGUCUCAAUUGCCGCCUUUAACGUUAAGUCUGGAGAGUGGGUUUGCAAAGACAGAAACCUUGAUGUCCCAAGCAAACGUAACAGAUGGUAGUAUCGAAGCCAAAGCCAUGACGGCGUAUAAGGAUUACUUCAAAACCUCAACGUACCCAGGCAUGUCGCUUACCGACUUGGGAACAAGUAAUUUAGGGAAAUUUUACCUAAAGCUAAGUGAGGAUGAUCUCUCAAGGGUAAGAUAUGAAAUUCCCAUUGGGGCUACAUUUGGCGCGCACAACAUCACAGCUUGGUUCAGUAACUACGGGUACCACGACUCAGCGAUAUCGUUGGCGCAUGUCAACAAUGCAAUCAUGAAAGCUAUGUCUCCUGGAAGUACUUUGAAAGUAAUCAACUACCCACUGCCAUAUUCGAUUGAAAAUUUGGUCAAGGUCAUGGCUUCCGGCAGCAGCAUGGGAUUCCAAUUCGCAUUCAACAUCGGCUUUUGUAUGGCUUUCGUCACUGCUUUCCUCGUACUCUUCGUUAUUAAGGAACGCAUAAGUGGCGCGAAGCUUCUCCAGCGUGUGUCAGGCGUGCGCCCUGCAGUCAUGUGGACAACUGCGCUCAUUUGGGACUGGAUGUGGCUGUUCCUCGUCUACCUCUGCAUUGUACUAACCCUCGCUUGCUUUCAAGAAAGCACACUAUCUACACCUGCUGAACUAGGCAGGGUACUUCUAGUCUUAAUGGUGUUCUCUAUAGCUACAAUACCGUUACACUACCUCGCAUCAUUUUAUUUCGAAGCGGCUGCUACAGGCUUCUCGAAAAUGUGCUUCAUGAAUAUAUUUACGGGUUGCAUGCCAUUUUUAAUCAUCGAAUUAUUGAGAUUACCUGAAGUAGGCAGUCCGUUUUACGCUCAUCUGUUCGACUGGAUUUUUUCUCCGUUGCCCAUUUACUGCAUCAGUAGAAGUUUCAGGGACAUGAGCGUUUCAUCGUUCUCAAUGAUGGCGUGUGACGGUCUCUGCGAACAACUGAAGAUCGAGAACUGCACUCGGCAUACGAUCUGCAAUCGGCUCAAGCUCUCCGUGUGUUGUAUUGAAGAUGACCCGUACAUGCGGUGGGAAGAACCGGGCAUCGGAAGAUAUCUGUUCAUGAUGAGCAUGGUCGGAAUCGUGUCUUUCAUUCUAUUGCUGAUCAAAGAAUAUGAACUACUGAACAAGGUAUUCUACUCUUCAAGUAGCCAGCCAACGCCAACUAUAGGGAAAGAGGACGAUGACGUGGAAGUAGAACGCCGCAGAGUCCACGAGUUGACGAGACCCCAAGUAGCUCAGCACAGUCUCGUUUGCAGAGACCUUACUAAAUUCUACAAACAAUUCCUCGCUGUGAAUCGACUUACGUUUGCUGUAAACAAGGGAGAGUGCUUUGGUUUGUUGGGUAUAAACGGCGCAGGCAAAACAACGACAUUUCGUAUGUUGACUGGCGACGCUCACAUCUCUGGCGGUGACGCGUACGUGCACGGGAUGUCUAUCAAAACGCAUAUACAAGACGUCUAUAGGCAUAUUGGUUAUUGCCCGCAAUUUGACGCAUUGUUUGAAAAUCUGACGGGUCGCGAGACGUUGCGAAUAUUCUGCUUACUGCGCGGCAUACCGGCCGCCGUCGGUAACGCUAGAGCUCUACAUCUCGCCACCUCACUCGGAUUCUUGAGACAUUACGAUAAAAAGGUAUUUGCAUGUAGCGGAGGAACUAAAAGAAAAAUUAGCACAGCUGUUGCAUUGCUUGGUGAUGCGCCAUUAGUGUUCCUCGAUGAACCGACUACAGGUAUGGAUCCCGCAUCAAAGCGGCUGGUAUGGUCAUGUAUAAGUGAGGCAGUGAUAGCGGGGCGCAGUAUAGUGCUUACGUCACACAGCAUGGAGGAGUGUGAAGCUCUGUGCUCAAGACUCACUGUCAUGGUCAACGGACAGUUCUACUGCCUUGGACCCUUACAGCAUUUGAAGAAUAAAUUUUCACAAGGUUACACAUUAAUAGUAAAAUGUAAAUCCGGCGUGGACAGGGAUAAUGACGUGAUCAAGAUCAAAAAUUACAUCACUGACAACUUCAAUGAUUCGAAGCUUAUCGAGUCAUACCUGGGUAUCAGUACAUUCUACAUCAAUGACGUCGGACUACCGUGGUGGCGGAUAUUUGAUAUUAUGGAAGAAGCUCGCAAGCAAUUUCCCAUAGAAGACUAUUCCGUUGCCCAAACUACGCUAGAACAGGUAUUCUUACAAUUCACAAGAAUGCAGGGCAACACGGAGUCUUAAAUCCUCAGGAAUAUUAAUUUAAGCGUUAGGUUCAGGGUAAACCACAAGAAAAGAGAUCUGAAUCGAAUUACUACUACGCGCCUAAUCGACAAUAGAUUUUUUAAGUUUUUGAAACAAACAAACUCAAUAUUAUUAACGUCUCGAUUUUUAUAUAAAUCUCUAAACUAGUAUUAUUUGUAACCGAUAAGUUUUUACUUUUACAUAUACUCACGUGAAACUCUGUAAUACUUUGUUAGAUCGAAUGCAAAAAAAAAUACAGACAUUGAAACUCAAUAGUACUUAGCAAUGAAAAAUACAAAUAGUUAUUACGACUCCAUUUUGAAUGUUCAAUAUUUUUUAUGAGAAAAUUAAAUUUAGAUAAUUAUAGUUACAAUUGUACCGUUAAAUGUUGUUGUUGGAUGUGUUUGGAUGUGUAUUUAAUGCAUAAAAUAUAGUAUACGUGACAUUGUUCAAAAUACAAGCUCUCAUAGUUUACCGCAUAAAGUUACAAAAAUCGCACGCCUCUGCUGAAGAAUCGUGUAGUAUUGGAUUUAGCGGUAAACAUUGUACUUAAGACGUUCUUCUCUUUUGGAAGAAACUAAUAAAUAAAAGCUUUGCGCUAAUAUUGUAUCCUAGAAUCAGGCAUCAAUUGUUCGUAGACUUUUCAUCAAGUUAAGGUAAGUCAAUGACCUCGCCAUUCCAGUUUAUGUGCAAUAGAUAUAAAUGUAUUGUCUUAAAAUUCUCUCAAACACUGCAAUGAUCUGUUAUAUUUUAAGUUGAUAAGUAUCGAAUAUACAUUUUAUAUACCACUGAAUCUUACUUAGCUUGUAGAUGCAAGUACCCUAAAAAAUAUUGUCUUUAUGUCGUAUUCUUUUAUGCAAUAUCGAAUUUCAUGAUAAUAGGCGAUUUUAUCUACAAUGGUAAUUUGAAACACAAAAUCACAGUAUUUAAUUAUGAGGUGCCUAUUAAGUACUUAUUUUAGUGAUAUAUAAUUAAUAUUAUGGUGCUUGUCCUGUUAGGAGAGUAAAUAGGUCGUAUUAUUGCCUUUUUGGCUGCUGCAGUGAGCAAUGACUCAAGUAAAAAUGUUAGCCGACCUUUUCGUAUGUAAUUUCAUUUCUGUAUUCUAAAUAAUAUUUUAAUACCAAAGGAAGUCUCAAUGAACUUAAAAGAUCUAAACUAGGUUUUAAAUUUAUUAUUUAUAUCAAACAACUUGCCACUAUGUUAAUUUAACUUCUAAGAACAUUUUAUAUUUAUUUUUGUCACAAUCUCACUAUGAUCAUAUUAAUGGAACGUAACUUAAAACAAGCUGAAGUAUAGUUUAAACAAGAUACCGGGGUCAGUUAGUAAUAUGUCAGUACCAGUAACAAUAAUAUAACUUGUUCCACGUAUACUUGAAUAAAUUCAUCGAUAUAACUCGGCCCUAUUGUUACCAACUGAAAAAACGUAAUGGCUGAUUCGCGCCAAAUUAUAUUCGGUUUUAGAUAAUCAUAACAUUACGUAAAAUAUAAGCAUUAAAAUGAAAUAAUACGAGUACAAAAAUAUUUUACAGUUUUCUCAUUGUAUGUAAGGUAUAUCAUUACAAAAUAUGUGUUACUAUUUUUUUAUACUUCAACACUAUUCUGCAUUGAUUGGUAUCGUAUUAGAAAUGGAUGUUCAUUGACGACUAUGCUUGUCAUUUGAUACAUAAUUUGGUAUUGUAUACUCCUUUGUUUGCGGUGAAUACAAAUACAUAUAUGUACAAUGUAGCUUCUUCAUUGAAUUAAUUAAUGCAAUUCUUCAUUAUGAAUGUCAGCUAAGAGCUGAACAGUUAUGUAUAAAAAAAUGUAUAAAUGUGAAUUUGUGUGAUAUGAUUUGUGAUCUAUUGUGAUUUAUUUGUGUUAAUUAUUGCCAUUAGCAAAAUAUAUACAUAUAUAUUAUUAUUUAUUAUUAUAUAAGGAUAUGCCCUGUGCUACUGAUACAUCUGAUGCCAUUUACAAUCAGGGCUUAGUUUAAUUUCAUUAGUACAAGUUCCUGUGAACAUCAAGUAUUAUUUAAACGAAUAUUUUUUAUACAAAUAGAUUAUAGAACUCAUGUGCAGUUUGAAAUGCUACUUAAUUAUUACGCUUGAACAGUAUACAUUACUUAAUUUAUGCAACAUUCUGGCUUUAAAUUAUAUUGCUAUUUCUCUCGGUGUAUAUUAUAUAUAUCAUAACGCGGUGUUUGUAUUGUGUAGUGUUUAUAGACAAUUUUUAAUAAAACUAAGGAUAUUUUAUCACAAUUUGUUUUAUU